GUGCGCACGUUCGAUAUCGCACACCGCGAGAUCGUCAAGGUCAAGUGCAAAGCUCUCCAGUGCGGCACGAUCGACGCGCUACCUGCAAUUACGUCUCUAUUUAUCCAGUACGUGCUGGUUCACAAUUACCUACCACCGAAAAACUACCUGCCGAUUAUUUCAGCAGGGCUUCAGCCACCAACGAAACGUGAAAGAAUAACAACAAAAACAAUCGUCAAGCGUCGCAGUUGUCAGCUGGCGUCGGCAGAUUUAAUCAAUUAAACAUUAACUCUACCGUCAAACGUUGGAUUUCUUACACUUCGAGGCAGGAUGGGGUUUCGGUUGUUGGCGGUGAUAUGGAUGCUUACGAUCUUGAUGCUUCAGCGAGAAUCAUCAUUAGUUCAAACAACGGUGUGCCAGCCACAUCACGCAGUUCCGUGGUCGAUGUAGUGUCAUUCUAUACUGGAUUUCCUGAUCAGUGCAGUUACUCUGGAAUGUUCCCCGCGUGGACUGUAGCGGUGUUGUUGACUAUCGGGAGUUUAUGGUCGUGCGGAGUCCAGGCACUGCUGCUUCGAAACGACUGCAUUUGUGAUCCGAUUAACGCCUUUCUGGACUCGUUGCCUUUGAACCGUGAGCGAACGGACCAGUUAUUGGAAAUAGAUGGCUACCAAGGUACACCGCAUCGCGUCGUGACGGAAGAUGGCUACGUUCUUAAGUUGUACCGGAUUUGGAGUGGAAAUAGGCCAACGCCCGUGAACUCUAGCCGGGAGGUGAUAUUGUUACAGCAUGGAAUUCUGCAUUCUUCGGCCGACUGGUUGGUUCUUGGACCUGGCCGAUCAUUGGCUUAUCAGUUAGUGGAUCUUGGAUUUGACGUUUGGUUGGCGAAUACCCGAUCCUCGCUUAAUUCUCAUCAGCAUUUGAAGCUCUGCACUUGUUCGAAAGAGUUUUGGGAUUACAGUUGGCACGAGUUGGGUUAUUAUGAUCUUGCGGCCUCAAUCGACCGGGUUCUGGAAGAAACAAAUCGUCCUCGGCUCCGUCUGGUGGCCUUCUCGGAAGGAGGAGCUAUGGCUAUGGUUCUACUUUCUUCUCGUCCAGCGUACAAUGAUAAAUUGAUCGGUUUGGAUGCUAUGGCACCGGGAACAUUCGUGUCUAAUACGUGGUACCGAUUUUUAGCUCUUCCCGCUCUAAAAAUUCCCAAAUUUUUACAUUCGGUGUACGCUCUGUACGCUACCAAUCAGCUCGCCGUGGAUGUUUGCGAAUCGAAAAAGCAAGCAUGCUUGGAUCUAUAUUAUCAAAUCAUUGCUGGUGAAAGUGCUGGCAUGAAUCGAACAUGGAUCGAUCGGAUUUACCCGAGUUUACCGGCCGGUGGUUCGAUGCGGGAAGUGAUGCAUUACGUGCAAAUCAUCUGGAGCAAGCGAUUCGCACCAUUCGACUAUGGAAUAAAAAAGAACCUCCGCCUAUACGGCAGAAGUACUCCCCCGGAAUAUCGCCUGGAUCGGGUUACAGCGCCGAUCAAUAUUCACUACGGGUUAGCCGAUAAAAUUGUUGAUCCCUCCGGCGUGCAACGGUUAGCGUCCAAACUGAUAAACAGCGAACGGCUGAGAAUGCGUUCGUACAAUAAGUUGCAACAUUCAGACUUUAUCUACGCCGAUUCUGCGUUCCAAAUUGUUUAUAAGGAAGUGAUCAAGUGGAUUGUUGAAUAAAUGCCAUCUAAGCUUUA